AAUAGAAACGAAACAAACAGUUCCUAAGGAAAAAGGCUGUGUGACUAAUGAGUGAUGUAGGCCACCGCCCAAGUCCCAAGCCUUUCCCAUCGGGGAUUUUUCGAUGCUCAUUUCGUUAAAACUGAAGUCAAAUCGCACAAUAAAAGCGCUUCCUUUCAAGUUUCAACCAUUCAACAAAUCCUCGCAAAUUCUUUCCUACUAACAAACAGAGACGAAGAUGAAGCAAUCCCCCAACACCAAUGCCAACGCCACCGCCCAAAGCCUGACCUCCCAGGAGUCUUGCCUCCUCGUCCGCGAAACGCUGCGUAUCAGCGCCAACCUGGCAUCAAAUGCGGGUGUAAGUAGUAAUAGCAGCAGCGUGAAUGAUGGAGCCGCGAUUCCAUUGAUGGAUGAAAAUCGGAGGAUGGGAUUGAUGGGCGAGGAAUUUCGAGAAUCAAGCUUGAAAUUGAUAUGCUGCGAGAAAAUGGACGCCAGGAGAUGGAAGUACGUGGCGGAGAAAGAUCCCUUUGGAAAUUUCAAGAACAAUUCCAUUCGCGCUCUCAGUUUACACACUCCUCAGUCGCCUCUUGAUGAAUUGAUGGCAUUCGCGCGAUCAUAUGUGGUGCCUGAGGGCUUCCCUGACAGUGUUAUUCCUUCAUACGUUCCAUACAUGACGUGGAGAGCGUUGAAGCACUUCUUUGGUGGAGCCAUGGGUGUUUUUACAACUCAAACCCUUUUGAGCUCGGUCGGAGUCUCUAGAAAUAGAGCUGCACCUGGUGCUGUCGCUAUCAAUUGGAUUCUCAAGGAUGGUGCUGGUCGAGUUGGUAAAAUGCUUUUUUCCCGGCAAGGAAAAAAAUUUGAUUAUGAUCUAAAACAGCUGCGGUUUGCUGGUGACCUUCUUCUUGAGCUAGGUGCUGGAGUAGAGUUGGCAACUGCAGCUGCGCCUCAUCUUUUUCUUCCUUUGGCUUGUGCUGCAAAUGUGUUAAAGAAUGUUGCUGCUGUAACAUCAACAUCAACUCGGACACCAAUUUACAAAGCCUUUGCUAAAGGAGAAAACAUUGGAGAUGUCACAGCUAAAGGAGAAUGUGUUAGCAAUAUUGCUGAUCUGUUGGGAACUGGACUGAGCAUUAUGAUCUCAAAAAGAAACCCAUCCUUGGUUACCACAUUUGGUCUUCUUUCAUGUGGGUAUCUCUUCAGUUCUUACAGAGAGGUUAGAUCUGUAGUGUUGCACACAUUAAAUAGAGCGAGAUUCAGUGUGGCAGUAGAUUCCUUCGUUAAGACUGGGCAAGUUCCCUCAUUGCAGGAGGGAAAUAUGCAGGAAAAUAUAUUCAGUUUUCCAUGGUUGAAGGACAGACCCGUUGUUCUUGGCUCAAGAUUUAAGGAUGCUUUCCAAGAUCCUGGUGCCUAUCUUGCAAUAGAACCUCUGUUUGAGAAAGAAAAAUACAUAGUGACAUAUAAUCCUUCAAAGGGCAAAAUAUAUGCAUUGCUCAAGGAUCAAGCAAAGUCGGAUGACAUUCUAAAAGCAGCAUUCCACGCUCAUGUGCUCUUGCAUUUCAUUCAUUCAUCAAAUAAUUGUCGAUCUUCAUCUAGAAGUCAGCAAGAACAUGGUCACUCAAACCUCAUUCCCACAACUGCUGAUUUUGGGCUUCAUAUUGCUGAUUCAUGUAAGAUGGUUUCAACAUCAUAUGGACAUUUCAAGAACAAAGCUGCUGAACAGGGUUGGAGGAUGUCAGAGUCGCUUCUUAAUCCUGGUCGAGCUCGACUGUAUUAAUGGGCUAAAUGGGAUUAACAGGCUUGAACUCUCCUGCUUAUCCAAAAUUGGGUGUUGAGUUGGAAACCAAUUUCUGACCAUACAUUACAGUGCAUAGAUAAGAAUGGAAAGGGCAGAUAGAUGACACAAGGGAUUGAGCAAUCAGAAUUGGGCAUAUACCAAUGGGACCAUGGGUCUCUUUGAGCUGGUUGGUCUCUGUGCAAGCAACCAUUUUUCUGCACUUGGCCUUUUAUAUGUGGAAUGCAUUGUCAGGAAAAAAGAUGGCAUCACGCAGUGAUGAGAUAUAGCAAAUACAGCAUUAGAAAUAUGUUUUCAUAGUGUAACUCUAAUUUGAUAGAGUUAUAUUAGUAGCUUAGCAUUUCAAUAUUUCUAUUUAGAAGCAAACAUUAACCUCAUUUAUUUAUAGCUUCUGAUUUGAUCAUCUUCUACUUUCUGAAACCAAACAAACAUAAUGCCUUUUCCUUUUCAGGGAACACAAGUACUUUUUCUAAAUGGAGUUUUUUGUUUUUGGGGAUACUUUCAUGAAUUUAAUCUACUUAAUGAUCGAUUUUAUCUCUUACAAAUCAAUUUUAUCUCAAAUUUAAAAAAUAUAUAGCAUUCCUUUUGAACUCUUGAGUUCAUCACUAAUCUUCCUUCAACUCUCCAAUAUUUUUCACAAAUGGAUUGGCAAAUUUGGUUCAAUGAGACAUCGAAACUUAUCGCCACAAGUAACAGGGAAUAGGCAGAUGAUCUUUAAAGUUCAAAAGACCAACCCUCCACCAUUGAUUCCACGAGAUUGGGGCCAAUCUGAAAGAAUUUUUUUUAUUUUUUUAUGGAUAUAUAUAUUUUAUUCAUCCAAAAAGCAGACCAAAGUCUGCUACAAACUUGUUAAAUUGUAACAUUACAAGCUUACAAAACACUUAACUAAUAAGUCCCCAAGAAAAAAAGAAACUAUAGUUACUAGAGGAUAUGACUAGCUGAGAGGAGUUACAGAUGCUUAGUUGAAUUGCCACCUUGAUAAAAAGCAACAACAGAAUCAACAGUGCAGGAGGAUCGGCCACUGGAAGGAUCAUAUCUUCAAUCUCCUGCAUAAUUAAGAACAAAAAUCCUCAUGUUCUCUUGCAGCGUAAAAAAAAAUAAGUUACAGUUUGAGUGAUUCUGAGGUUACAAGAAAAGCUUUUCGUGAAUUUUGGGAGAAAUGGGGGAGAGUUGCUUUACUAUCUACUCCAACAUCUGAACUUCUGAGUAGUUUUUCAUAGUUUACAGCUAUGUCAGAGAAAGACAAAAAAAAAAAAAAUCAACAACCUGUUACUAAAAAUUGCUCGUCUCAAAUUUUAAGUGAGAGUUGCCUCCCAACUUUUCGCCGGGUGAUUAAGAGGCUUUAAGGAACGCACGUGGAUACAGGUUUUAAACCCAUCAUCCUCCUCC